CUGGAGUUAGUUGCGUGCGUCACGUUGUGAAUUGAAGACCAAGGACAUGGUCUGAAUGGCUUUUUGUACAGUCACUGGAGGAAGUUUUCAUGCACCGAACACCAGCACCAGGCAUGGCUGGGAAACCUUUCCGUGCCACCUACAUCUGGAGCAGCAUCAUCUCCAAUCUCCACACUCAUGUAGAGGUUAAGCGCCGGCGUCACAACCUCAAGUCCUACCAUGACUGUUUCCUGGGCUCAGAGGCUGUGGACGUGGUGCUGGCACACAUCACCCUGAACCGUUUCUUCGGUGAUGAGGCGGUGCCCCGCCACAAGGCCGUGCGUCUCUGCCAGGCCCUGAUGGACUCGAGGGUGUUUGAGCCGGUGGGCGUUAAAGUAUUUGGGAAGGAAAAGAAGCGAGCCACAUUCGAGGACAGUAGUUGCAGUUUGUACAGGUUCCUGAGCGCGACGACUGGCUCCUCAUCACCGCUGACCAACGCCAAGUCUCACUCCACUACCACCAUCGAGAGCGGCUAUGACUCACCGAGCAUGAGCAGGAACAAGAAUGGAUACAGUCCGUCACGUGAAAGACAAGGGGUGCUGAGCUACUCCACCCACUCCCCUGCAAAAACAGACAAAGCACUGGAGGACGUGCUGGGAAACCUCAACCUGAGCUCAACUAUCACCCCUCAGAUGAUCAAUCUCGGUCUCUCACAAGAGCUUGUGGAUGAGGUGUGGCACCAACAGGCGGUGUUUAGGCUGCUGCAGCUGGUAGAGCUCCCCCUGUUGGAGAAGCUGCUUGAGGGUAAAGACUCAUCGAGGCCUCCCCUGAAUGGCAUGGACAGUGACUCGGACCUGUUAUAUACAUCAAGCUACCUAGACCGAGAGGUCCUCAAGGCCUUCAGUGAAGCACAGGCUGAUGAGUGGAUGUCGGGGGCAGUCGACUGCCUAGAGUUUCUGCCUGACGAACUGGUGGUGGAGGUGAGUCGAGGUUUGGCCAGCUGUGUUGACGACUUGCUCAGGUGUAAGAGUCUGCUCUAUGAGGUCCUGGCUCAGCAUUACGGACACAUACAACAGCCACCUCUGCUCAGCAACCAUGUUUUUGACAUCCACUCUGGCAUCUCGGAGCUACUAGUGAACGGCAAACAAGAGCAAGCUCUAGAGGCUCUGCAGCUGAGCCUAAAGCUGCAGGACUCCCGCAGCAGGGAGGAGCUACGCAGGCUCCUGAGAUUCAUGGCUGUCGCAGCCAAACCACAGGAGGUCAGACUGCACAAAGAGGUUGAGAACAGAAUGGCGGUGAAAAGGUCUUUCUCAAGCGCUAUCGUCUUCAGCAGAAGACUCUCCAAAGGAAAGGUGGACUUAAUGGUUCUGUUCAUGAUGGAUAACCACCGUGAUCUGUUCAAAAUUCCUGUUUCAUUGCACAAGAUGGUCAGUGACAGAAUAAUGAAUAUUGUGACAGGGAAGGAUCCAGAUGUGAUCACAGGAUCAACAUACUGCACAAGAAUGAGCGCCAAGGCCUACUCAGAAACGGCACAAAAAACCACUAAAGAAGAACUCUGGACGUUACUCCGGACAGUACACGAGAACCCUAAACUCUCGGCCAAAGAAAAAAGACGGCUGCUUGGACAGUUUUAUAAAGGCCACCCAGAGAUUUUUGUUCAGUACUUUGGAAAUAGACUGUCGACUGUCAACAUGUUGCUACAGUGAUAUUUAUUACUUCAUGUAUUAUAAUGUAAAAAGAGGUAGAUGUAGGAAAGAACAAAAGCUAAUGUGAUGUAAAGAUGUGAAGAAGUGCAGUGUAGCAUGUGGAUUUUAUUCGCUUGUAUGUAAAUAAUUAAGACUACUGAACAAGAAUGUGAAUUUCAAUUGUGAGACUCGUGAUAAGCUGCGAUAUUUAAGGACAUAUUUCAUUUCUCAGAUAUUUUAUUUGGUGCAGGACACUAACAUGAAAUGUCCUUGUAUGUUGUAUAUGAGACUGUUACUUUUCCAGAAUGACAAAUGAACCAAGUGUUCUGUUGAGGUUUUUUUUUUGUUUUUUGUUUUUUUUUUAAAUGUUUUCACACUGCAAUGUGUCUUGACGGAAUUCAGACAAGUCUGCAUAAAUCAUUUUUCAAUGGAUGUAUUCUUUGUGCUUGUGCAAUAGGAACAGUGUUAGCAAUAAAAAUGUGUCUGUUCAUGUGGUUUCUCAUAUACACUGUGAUGCACAGUGGAGCUAUGUCUCGAGGAACGGAAAUUUGAACCUGGACAUUUGAAAGUCUGAUGUUGUGCUGUAGUGAACAGUCAGAGGCAUUCAUGAGAAUCAGCCCUCUGGGUUGUCAUGUUUGUUGCACCAUAUAAGAAAACAGAUGUUUGUAAGGUUUUUUUUUUUUACUCAAACUUAAAAAAAGCCACGUUUUAGUGGUGUCUUCAGGGUUCUGUUUUAAAUAAGUUUUACACGCUCCUAAUCGGCUGAGGAAAUGACUUCCACAUUUCCAGGUAACAAAAACAUCCCCAGACUAAGUUUAAACCACUCACAUGUUGAUUGUAUUUUGGCAAAGCUUAAUAAAAUUCAACAGGACUUUUCUAACAUUCAUACGUGCACAUUUCCCCUUUUUAAUCGCUGAUACAAAGUGUGUGUAUUCUGAUGAAAAGAGAGCAAAUGUAACUUAUCCAUACAACCAUGGGUGGCUCAUGGGACAAUGGGCCCUGGGCACAGAUAUGCAAAAGGACCCACUACCCCUCCUACACAACAGUGAGACACACAGACUUUGUGGUGGUUUGCCUUUUUUCUCUUGUUGUUUGUGUCUUUUUGUAGUCAUUGUGUUUCUUUGAGGUCAUUGUCUUGUCUGUUUUGAUUGAUUUGUCUCUCUCUGUAGUCAUUUUGUGUCUCUUUGGGGUUGUUGUGCUCCUUUUUGUAGUUCUUAUGUGUCUCUUCACAGUGCCUUUGCAUCUUUUGUGGCCUCUUUUGAGUCCCUUUCUGGUCGUUACAAGUUAAUUUGAGUAACAUUUUGCAGGUGGAAGCCAGGGGGGACUGACACUUUGGGCCCCUGGGCCUGUUCAGAAAUCCAUCCAUGCACUCAACACAAAUAAUACUGACUUUCUAGGUACAGUUUGUAGUCCAUUCUUAGCGGACUUCCACACAGGCUUUGUACAUGGCCCCCUUUUAGACCCGCUCAUUUUUGUUACAGAGGCAAAACUGUGAAAUCUAAGGCUGUUUUAUGCUUAUUCAUACACUCUGUAAACAAUUUUUAAAAAGCAGGUUAGAAGUACUGUGAUGUUGCAUCCACUUUUUAUAUA